AGCCCUUCCGUCGUGGCCGCCUAUUACCCCCACCCCCCUCCCCGCCUCCUUCCUUCCCCCCUCCUCCUCCCCCCCCCCCGGUUCCUCCCGCCGGCUCGCCGUCCCUCUCGCGAACACGCCGGCCCAACUCUUGCGCUCCAGCAAACUUGGCCGAGCCGACUAAGUGGGUUUCGCUCGCGGCCGCAGUUAAGCGUCGGGAGAGGAAAAGGAAAGGGAAGCGGGGCUGAGCUCCGAAGGCGCCUCCGCUCUGCCUGAGGGGGAUGGAUGGAGGCGAAAGCGGGCGCUGAGCCGCGCGGGAGUGAAGCCUCGCAGGCGUGGGGGCAGCUUCGCACCGGUCGGGACUGCCUCGCCAGCACAGCCCCCUUGCCAGGCGUCGCUUCGGCCGCAGCUGCCUCUUCCCGACGGGCCCGCGCCCCGGCGCUGGAAAUGAAGAGGGUGUGCACGCUGUCCCUCUGGCUCUGGAUCGGCAUCGUCUCGGAAGCAGAUCGGGUGAGUGGCUAUUCUAUGACCCCGCCCACUCUCAGCAUCAUAGAAGAGGAAUAUGUGAUCAACACUAAGGAUACACUGAAUAUUACUUGCAGAGGCCAGCAUCCCCUGGAGUGGUCGUGGCCUGGAGGCCAAGAGGACCCUGUCCAGAUUGGAAAGGAGAAUGAAUCAGUGGUGUUGGUGAGUCUCGACGGUAUCCGAACAGUCAAGGAAGAGGAUUGUGAGGGCACUGACACAAAGCCCUACUGCAAGGUCUUGACACUGACAGGGGCUCAGGCUAACGACACGGGCUACUACCGCUGUUACUACAAGUACAUCAAUGCCAAAAUCGAGGGCACCACUGCAGUCAGCACCUAUGUGUUUGUGAGAGACUUUGAACAGCCAUUUAUCAAUAAACCAGGAACUCUUCUUAUCUACAAGAAGGAGACUAUCUGCGUACCAUGCCUGGUAUCCAUUCCAGACCUUAACAUCACUUUGCUCUCGACAACCUCUGCCUUCUACCCAGAUGGGAACAACAUUUUCUGGGACAACAAAAGAGGGAUGCUCGUUCCUACCUCUCUGAUCUGGGACUGUUUAUUUGUUCAUUGUGAAACUUUGAUUGAUGGAAAGCCCUUCAGAUCCAGUUUCUUUGUUCUCCACAUUGCAGGUGAUGAACUUUACGAUAUUCAGUUGUUUCCAGGGAAGGCUAUGGAGCUACUAGUAGGAGAAAGGCUAGUUCUUAACUGCACUGUAUGGGCUGAGUUUAAUUCUGGAGUUGAUUUCCGCUGGGAUUACCCUACCAAACUGAAGGACCGGGAAGUCACAGAAGUACCUGAGAGGCGCUCCCAGCAGACCCAUACUGAGCUCUCCAGCAUCCUGAUCAUCCAAAAUGUGAGCCAGCAAGACUUGGGAAAAUAUACAUGCAUGGCUACAAGUGGGCAGCAGAACCUCGAAGAGAGCAUAGAUGUCAUUGUACAUGAGAAGCCCUUCAUCAAUGUGGAAUGGAGGAAGGGCCCAGUGGUUGAAGCAACAGCAGGCGAUGAAAUUGUGAAGCUGCCAGUGAAAGUGGUUGCCUACCCCCAGCCCGAGUUCCAGUGGUUUAAGGAUGGAAAGUUAAUUUCCCACAGGCACUCUCAAUACUCCAUGCAGAUCAAGGAUGUGGCAGAGCAAAAUUCUGGCAUUUACACUUUGGUCCUGAGGAACGAGCUGGCUGGCCUGGAGAAGAACAUUAGUCUGCAGUUGGUGGUCAAUGUUCCUCCACACAUCCAUGAGAAAGAAGCAUCUUCACCCAACAUCUAUUCCCGCAAGAGCCGGCAAGCACUCACCUGCACUGUCUAUGGCAUCCCAGCCCCAGGAACAAUCCAGUGGCAGUGGAGGCCUUGGACGCCCUGCCCGAUGUUCUCCCAGCGCAGUCUUAGCAGACGGAGGGCUGUAAAGCGCCAUCAGCGGGACCGAAUGCCAGAGUGUAAGGACUGGAAGAAUGUGUUGCAGCAGGAUGCUGUGAACCCCAUUGAGAGCAUCGACACCUGGACAGAGUUUGUGGAAGGAAGGAACAAGACGGUCAGCAAAUUAGUCAUUCAAGAAGCCAACGUUUCUGUCAUGUACAAAUGUGUAGCCUCCAACAAAGCAGGCCGCGAUGAACGACUGAUAUAUUUCUAUGUGACUACCAUCCCAAAUGGGUUUGAAAUUGAGUCACAGCCCUCAGAGGAGCCCAUUGAGGGACAGGACCUGAGGCUUAGUUGCAAUGCUGAUAAUUACACCUAUGAGAACUUACAGUGGUAUCGGCUCAACCUCUCCAAGCUGCAUGAUGAAGAGGGCAACCCGCUGGUCCUGGACUGCAAGAACGUCCACCACUACGCAACUCAGAUGCAAGGCGAACUCCACUUCAAACCCAACUCCAAUUAUGCUGCCUUGACACUCACCAUCCCAAAUAUCUCACUGGAGGAUGAGGGAGACUACGUGUGUGAGGUGCAGAACAGGGAGAACAAUGAGAAACACUGCCACAAAAAAUACAUCUCUGUUCAUGCUCUGGAGGUCCCCAGGUUGAAGCAGAACCUAUCAGACAUCUUGGUCAAUGUGAGUGAUUCCAUAGAGAUGCGCUGCAAAGUGGAUGGCACACACAUUCCAAACAUCAGCUGGUAUAAGGAUGAGAAGCUCGUCGAAGAAGUGUCAGGGAUUGACCUGGCAGAUUCCAAGCAGAGGCUGAGUAUCCAGAGGGUGAGAGAAGAGGAUGCUGGCCUUUACCUGUGUAGCGUCUGCAAUGCCAAGGGUUGUGUGAAUUCCUCCGCCAGUGUCUCUGUGGAAGGCUCAGAUGACAGAACCAAUGUGGAAAUCGUUAUUUUAAUUGGGACUGGUGUCAUUACCAUCUUUUUCUGGAUUCUCCUAAUCCUCAUCUUCUGUAACAUUAAGAGGCCUGCUCAUGCUGAUAUCAAGACUGGCUACCUUUCCAUUAUCAUGGACCCCGGCGAAGUUCCUCUGGAGGAACAAUGUGAAUACCUGCCAUAUGACUCCAGCAAAUGGGAAUUCCCUCGGGAGCGACUUCGGCUAGGUAAAGUCUUGGGCCAUGGAGCUUUUGGGAAAGUAAUGGAAGCCUCUGCAUUUGGAAUUAAUAAGAGUAACAGCUGUGAGACAGUGGCAGUUAAAAUGCUCAAAGAGGGAGCUACUGCAAGUGAGCAUAAGGCACUCAUGUCAGAGCUGAAGAUUCUCAUCCACAUCGGAAACCAUCUCAACGUGGUUAACCUGCUGGGUGCCUGCACCAAACCAAAUGGUCCCCUGAUGGUUAUUGUUGAAUUCUGUAAAUAUGGAAACCUCUCCAAUUACCUGCGAACCAAACGGGAAGGAUUUAGUCCUUAUGGGGAGAAAUCCCCCAGAUUGCGCAUCCAAGUUCGUUCUAUUGUGGAAGCUGUCAGAGCAGACAGGAGGAGCCGGUCUUGUACCAGUGACAGUGCAAUUCUUAGCAGAUUUCUCAUGAACAAGAGCCAGGCAACAGCACCGCAACCUCUCAUUAUACAAGAAGUGGACGAUUUGUGGCAAAGCCCUCUGACUAUGGAAGAUCUGAUCUGCUACAGCUUCCAGGUGGCCCGUGGUAUGGAGUUCCUAGCAUCCAGAAAGUGCAUCCACAGAGACUUGGCAGCUCGCAACAUCUUACUAUCAGAAAACAAUGUGGUGAAGAUCUGUGACUUUGGUCUGGCCCGGGACAUCUACAAAGACCCUGAUUAUGUCCGGAAGGGCAGUGCCCGCCUCCCACUGAAGUGGAUGGCUCCAGAAAGCAUCUUUGACAAAGUUUACACCACCCAGAGUGAUGUCUGGUCAUUUGGAGUCCUCCUGUGGGAGAUCUUCUCUCUAGGUGCCUCUCCAUACCCAGGAGUCCAGAUCAAUGAGGAAUUUUGCCAGAGACUGAAAGAUGGCACCAGGAUGAGAGCUCCUGAAUAUGCCACUGCGGAAAUUUACCGUAUAAUGCUGAGCUGUUGGCAUGGUGAUCCCAAGGAGAGACCAACAUUCUCUGACUUGGUGGAGAUUCUGGGAGACCUUCUUCAGGAAAAUGUCCAGCAUGAGGGGAAAGAUUAUAUCCCACUGAAUGACUCCCAGGGCUCUGAAGAUGAUGGCUUUUCCCAGGUGGCGUCUUCCAUCCAGCAGAACUCUGACGAAGAGGAAUUUGACAUCAGGACACACUGUCACAAUAUAGCAGCAAGAUAUUAUAACUGUGUGUCUUUCCCCGGCUGCUUGACUGGUGGGAAUCAGAUAAGGUGUCCAUCCAGAAUAAAGACUUUUGAAGAAUUUCCUAUGACACAAACUAUGUAUAAAGCACAUCCGGACAAUCAGACGGACAGUGGAAUGGUUUUGGCAUCUGAGGAGUUUGAGAGGAUAGAAAACAGACAUAGAAAAGAAGGUGCAUUCAGCAGUAAAGGCUCCAGUCACCAUGCAGAAUCAAUAGUGGAUCAGUCCGAUCUGAGGGGUCAGUUUCGGCCAUCAUAUCAGUCCCAGCUCAGAGGCCAGACUUUUUACAACAGUGAAUAUGGGGAACUAUCAGAACAGUCCGAGGAAGGCAGCUGCACUCCACCCACUGAGGGAGCCAGUCCCUCCCUCCUUCAUGCCUCAUUCUUUUCAGACCACUACUAAAGGGGAACAGGUGGUGGAGAUACCACACUGAGAGACCACCUAACCCCUUUCUAUGUCACGGCAUCUGUUCUAUGGAGCACACAUCGCCUUCAUCCUGGAAGAAGCCACAGCAGGGAACCUCUGUGCCACAGAUGGAGAACUUCUUAGAUAUGAAGAUAGGUGCCAAGCACUUCACUGUGGGAUACAAUUAUUGCAAUUGGCAUGAACACAUCCUUCAUCUGAUGCUGUAUUUUUGUUUAAUUAGCUCUUGGAUGUAGUUUUCUGGAUGGAACAGCACUGCUCUGCCACCAGAUAAGAUGUCUUUGCUGAGAACUGCAGCCACUCCUCAGUAUUCAGUCCCCAUUCAUAUAGUUUGCCAUAAUAAGCUUUAUUUCAGGUCAGAUAAAAAUAGAUGCGUCUUAGCUCAGUUUCUUCCUGAUAUGCAGCUUUGUUUGCUUCUGCUCUUGUUUCAACUCAAGUAGCAGAGGAGGAAAACAGAAUGAAAUGAAUGAACACUGAUAACAGAAGAGCAGUGAUAUUUCAGAUCCGGAUAGUCCCAUCCCACCAACUAUGAAUAUUCUCUGUGGACACAUCAGCUCGUCGCUAAACAUACUUCAUUCUUGCAUGGUCUUGCAUGUUUUAUCUAUGUUAGGCACCAAGACAGAACCCCAUCACUUACUUGUCUUUUAACAAAUCAGGAAAAAGGGUUACUGUAAAAGUAGUAGGUCACCCUAUGGUCACUUGCCAAUAGGGAAAAUCCUCCAAGAAAUACCCUUUUCCUUUAAUUAUUUUUUGAAAUAUCUAUCAACAUUCUUUUAUACUUCCGGAGCUGCCUUUCCUGCAGCAAUUAACAAACUAUCAGCGAUCCCUAUCAGUGUUUUCUUCACCUAUAUGUGUUAAGGUUCGGUGCAAUCCUAUUCAGACCAGAAGCAAGUCUCACACUGAAUUCAAAGGGUCUCACUCUCAGAUAACUAUGUUUAGGAUUGCAGUUUUAGGGAGUUGGGCAUUAACUAAUAUAAACAGGAAAUUAAUUUUUUUCAUUCUCCCCUGAGAGGUAGAAAAGUACAUAACUACUGCAAGGCAUGUCCAAAAAUCGAGAAUUACUACAACUAAGAAAAAUAACAAGACCCACUUAUAUGUCCAGGGUUAAUCUCUUGCUCUCCCUAACUCUCUUUCACUAACUGGAGAGAAAAAUUAAAGGAUGGUCUAUAUUGGCUCCCAGCCAUUGAGGCAAUUACAGUUUCCCCUUAAAAGAGAGCACAGUUCCACUUUCUCUGUUGGCAAUCACCUUUAGAUAAUUAGGAAAUGACAGAAUCCUCCAUAAUCUUGCUGCAAAGUGUAGAACUUUGUCCUUGUGGAACUGAAUGUAGCUCCAUUUUACAUAACUAAAUAAAUACAUUUUGCCCUUAGGACUGCAGAGAAGAACAUUUAAAAUUCCACAGAGAAUCUGACAACACUCCAGUUAAGUGGGUGUUUGAACUGUGCGCAUCUCCUUAUUCUCCAUCAGGGUCCACAUUCCCUACACACUUCCUUGUUCUUUCCAAGGCAUCGUUAAGCCUUGCUUAUGUCAGCAAAUUCCAAAUUCUGCAGUCAGAAUAAAUAUUCCAAAGUUAAUUUUAUGCAGACUUAUGCACUUUGCAUUAUUUUUUUUCUGAUUCUGGAACUAGAGGAUAUAACAUGUGCAUGUAUACACUUGGCCACACUAUCCCAGCCACAGUCGUCAGCACAGUAUCUUUCUCUCUUUCUGUUCCUAGUUGAGUUGUAAGACAGUGCUUCAGUGGGGUGUUUUAUGUAAAUGGGGAGCAUAUGUAGAUAGAGCCAGUAUGAAUCUGUUUAUGCCAUUGCUCACUCACACAUACCCUACCAGAGAUUCCAUACUUUCUCCAGUUCUGAGAGACAUUGCUAUAGAACAACUUCACAAGAACACCUAUACAAGCUUUGUGAAGCAGCUUGUGAACUUCCCUUUUUAAGAAUCCUGCACACUCCUUGGUCAGAAGCUCCCAGUAUUGAUGGUGUCUCCAUGUCAAAGGAUUUCUGCUUGCAGGCCAGGCUUCUAUGUAUAGAACUGAUGGUUUCAGUUAGGCUUUCUUUUUUUUUCAUAUCAGGCAUAUAUUUUUUUCCAGAUUAUAUUUUUUUUCCUCCAUAAGAGGAUUUUAUGCAUUUACACCAUUGUAACUGUCAUUGUCCAUGUCGUUUCCACAUUGAUUUGUACUUUGUGUUAGUGCAUUCAAGGUCUUGUCUAUUUUGAUUACAUUUCUUAUAUAUACACAAG